GUCUUGCACCCUUGCAUUGCAUCGGGAAUAUGUCACCAUGAAAUAAAACAUAUGAGUGUAGAGAUAUUCCCAAUGCAAGGCUGUAAAUCAGGAAACAUAUGGUACUUAACUCUAGAAAUUAAACGCCAUAAGUUCUGGUUUUGGUCUACCGUCUACAAAUAACGAACUGAUAGGCAGAAGCAUGGGCACUCAGCUUCUUAUUUCCUGAUUUACGUUCCUGGACCUUAAAAUGGACAUCGAAGCAGUUAUCGAGUUCCUAGGUUACGUUCCUUUGUUACAGAAGCUCCCUAGUUCAUCUCUCAAGAAGAUUGCCGAAGUCGUCAGAGUCAAACAUUACGAUCAAGGUGAGUACGUUGUUCGAGAGGGGGAAACUGGGGAUGGAAUAUAUUUCAUAUGGGAAGGAGAGGCUGAAGUUCGGGGUUCUGUCGACGCGGAUGAGGAAAAAAGUCCAGAAUUUCAAUUGAAAAAAUAUGAUUAUUUUGGUUAUGGUUCUGUAACUUUUCUUCAUCUGGCUGACAUAAUCGCAUUGUCUAAGCUGACCUGCUUAGUGUUGGACCAUGAAUAUAGUACUUUGCUGCAAUCAAAGUCAAUAUGGAAUGCAGAUGAGACACUUGAAACAUGCUCUCUGGUGGAACAUAUACUACAUUUGGAACCAAUAGAAGUGAACAUCUUUCGGGGUAUUACUUUGCCAGAUGCUCCAAGAUUUGGGCAGGUUUUUGGAGGACAGUUGGUUGGACAGGCACUGGCUGCAGCAUCCAAGACUGUUGAUUGCCUAAAAUUUGUGCAUAGUUUGCAUUGCUAUUUUCUUCUUGUUGGGGAUGUAGGAAUGCCAAUUAUAUAUCAGGUUCAUCGUUUACGCGAUGGGAAUAGCUUUGCCACCAGGCGAGUUGAUGCGACACAACGAGGAAGUGUCAUAUUCACUUUGCUUGCUUCAUUCCAAAAGGAAGAAAAAGGGUUUGAACACCAGGAAGUUGCAAUGCCAUUGGUGCCUGAUCCAGAUAUGCUACUAUCAAUGGAAGAGUUACGGGAGAGACGUCUUACUGAUCCUCGCCUUCCAAGGAGCUACCGCAAUAAAGUGGCCAUCAGAAAAUUUAUCCCUUGGCCCAUAGAGAUUAGGUUCUGUGAACCAAAUACUUCUACCAAUCAGACUAAAUCCCGACCAAGCUUGAAUUUCUGGUUUAGAGCAAGAGGGAAACUUUCACAUGACCCAGCUUUGCAUAGAUGUGUGGUGGCAUAUGCUUCAGAUCUUAUAUUUCUUAAUGUUAGUCUGAAUCCUCAUCGUAAAAGGGGUUUGAAGAUGUCAUCUCUUAGUUUGGAUCACUCGAUGUGGUUUCAUAGACCCUUCAGAGCUGAUGAGUGGUUAUUAUAUGUGAUUGAUAGCCCUUCUGCCAAUAAUGCUCGUGGUUUCUGUUUGGGCCGCAUAUUUAACAGGAAGGGAGAGCUUGUUGUCUCAUUGGUGCAAGAAGGUCUAAUUAGGAAGGCCAAAGCACCAGAUGCAGUACCAAGUUCAAAGCUGUAAAUAGAGUGGAAUCAGUUCCUAGAGUUUGUUUUGCAAGGUGCCGUGUGAUAUUGCAUUAUUGAUUAAUACGAUAGCUUGAGGUGAAGGUUGAGCAAUGGUAACAAUAUCAAUGGAGAAGUAUGGACAGGCCUAAUGCAGAAUCCUGAAUUCUUCUGCAACUCUAUAAACAUUCAAAAGUUCAAAAACCCACACCCUAUGCACCCAUAUCCACCCAUGAAUUGGCAUCAAUUCCGAGCUAGCACCUACCUCAACUGUACCUUAGGCCUAAGAAUUCUGACCCCCUGGGCUGAACGGUUAUUCUCCCUAAUAUCAAAUAUGAUACGAGGAUACAACUGUAAGACAAGAUGGCAAUAUGGAGAUAGAGUUGAAAGAGAGGACUCUGGUAACCGUAUCUGAUGUGUUUAUUCAUGAUCGAGUUACAUACCCCGUUUUACAUGAUUACACGUCUUGUUUGUAGCAGAUCCAGAGCCCCCUUAAUGAGAUUCCUACUUAAAUUAGGUUUUGUUAUGCUUA